AUGUUGCAUAAGAUCUUCAUCCUCACCGUUGCCGUCGCGUGGGAAUCUAUCGCUCUCUCCUCGGUAGAUGACCGCAGCCCAGGUCGCGCGGAUACCGCCGAGAAUGAAUGCGUGGUGACCUGGGCUAAUCUUAUUGAUCCCAAAAAGAUUACAGUCGAAGUCUUCGCGGAUCGGAUUGCAGACCCAUCAGUUGCCGGCCGUACCAUCCGAGCCAUCCGAAUCAAGUCCUUUGAAUAUACCUCAAAGGAUGGUGAAGUGCAAAGGCGCACCACUGAUAUCAUUAAGACAGUGAUAGAUUCCGAGAUGCUAAGUGCCUUGAGCCGCCGAGAUGUGUCUGAGCACGUUGACGAGCAAACCCUCUGUAGAGAACAGUUGAAGAUCUUCGCCGAGUAUAUGGAUGACAGCUCUGAGAGAUACCGAGCAGAUGCAGCAAGACUCGGGAUCAUGCCGGGAAGCAAAUCCUUCACCGCCUGGAGCAUCCUCAACCUCAUAUUCGAGUGGCAAAUUAACCGCCGAUUCGGCGAGUCUAUUACUGAAGAGAAAUGUGUUAUCAGCGCAGGGGCUUGGCUGAGCUAUAUCGGCUCUUCCGGUCUGCCCCCGAGUAACGAAAUGAUACGCGCGACAGUGAAAGCAGGUUAUGUUCCCGAGAAGAAUGUGGUGGAUAUCAAGUUUUUCUCUGUGAACAAUGGCUUAUCCCGCAA